AUGCGUCUCUACAGGCGAAGCGCUAGUCUUUGUCCACCAUGCACGUCAUGUCAACCAAGAGGCAGAGCUGCGCAAUGCCAGCUGUCAGGCGCUGAAGAGCAUGGACGACACGGAUCAGAGGAAUGCAUAUCUACAGGCGAAGCGCUAGUCUUUGUACACCCUGCACGUCAUGUCAACCAAGAGGCAGAGCUGCGCAAAGCCAGCUGUCAGGACUCAGGCGGUGAAGAGCAUGGACGACACGGAUCAGAGGCAUGCAUAUCUACAGGCGAAGCGCUAGUCUUUGUACACCCUGCGCGUCAUGCCAACCAACAGUCAGAGCUGCGCAAAGCCAGCUGUCAGGCCGAUAAAUCCGCCCGCUUCCUACCGCAACGCAAGGUAUUUAAGCGCAAAGAAGCUUGGGAUUGCCACCAAGAAAAAGUCAGGGGCUUUGGUCUAGCGGUAGGAUUCGCGGGGGCUUUGGAGCUGWUAUCUUUCGUUACAGCGACAGAGCGGACAACUGUCCAGUACCACAACUGCGAGAGGCGGGUUCGAUUCCCGCAGGCUCCAAUGUUUUUUUUAUUUGGCUGGCUGGCUCUUUUGAUGUCUGGAUAUCGACUAUUCUUUUCUUGCCAUUGCGAAUAUGAGUCGGGUCUCGAACCCUCUUUCAUCUGUCAACGGAUGGAAUUGAGCGUAGAUCUACCUACGGCUUCUCUAAGUUGUCUUGCACCCUGA